UGUGUUUGUUGUUUCUCAAAUUCAAAUUCGAACCCUAUAACCUACCCUCUUUAUGUUCGCAACAACGAUCGCUCAUCUGCCACACAUCGAGUUCUGCCUUCUUCCGCCUUCGGCAGGACCCAGCUGCGACGGUAUAUAUGACAAGCGCAACCUCCAUACCUCCCUCCACCUCCCACACUCUGCUCAUUGCGGCCCGAAUCAAGAUGUCCGACAAGAAAGGCUCGGCGUACGGCACGCCGGCGUCGGACACGUCCUUCCGGCGCAAUUACGACCUAGACGAGUACGCGCAGAAAGCGAAGGUGCGGGAGUCGGCCGAGAAAGAGGAGGCUAAGGCGCGGUACGAGGCCAAGAUGGCGGGUAAGAAGUAUUACAAGCCGAUGACGGGAGAUGAGACGCACACGCGGGCGCGGCGCGAGGUCAUAGACCUAGAGGCCAACGUGGGAAAGACGAUGCUCGUCCCUGCGGGCGCGGGCCAGGGCAAGAGGGGGCGUGGCGCCGGGUUCUACUGCAGCGCGUGCGACCUCACGUUCAAGGACAACAUUCAGUGGGUCGAGCACGUCAACAGCAUGCAGCACCUGCGCAACAUCGGCGAGACGGGCGAGGUGCGGCGGGCGACGGCGGAGGAGGUGCACCAGCGCAUCGUCGAGGUGUGGGAGCGGAUCCAGGAGCAGCAACGGGCGUCGACCACCACGCUGCGCGAGCGCCUCGAGAUGCGCGAGGAGGAGGCGGCCCAGGAGCGCGAGGCGCGCCGGCUGAAGCGGCACGAGGAGCUGGCGCGCAAGAAGGCCGAAAGAGAGGCCACGGAGCGCGUCAAGGUCGAGUACGGCGACGAUGUCCGCAUUGAGGGCGAGCACGACGAGGACGACAUGAUGGCCGCCAUGGGGAUUACCGGCUUCGGCACAUCGAAGAAACGGUAAUAUUUCCUACAUGUGUUGGAGGCGUGGUCAUGUUCGUCCUCCCCGUGGUAAGCGUGCAUGGCAUUCACUACAAUUCCGAGAUAUCGAUGGGAGGCGUCAACGGUGCAUAGGUCCUGGCGCUUGGGUUGGUCUGGUUGUACGGCAACAAGUAUAUAUGCCGCUCGCGUUUUUCUUGGGUUCCUACCCAUCCUACCCCGUGGCCUAUAUUAGAUAGGUACGAAUUGGCCUCCUACACGUAGUUGUGAGACAACCCCAGUAAGACUUAUGGAAACGGGAUACCGGAAGUUGGGGACGUGCAAUUAUAAGCCUAAGGAAGGCAGGUACCUAAGGUACCUACCUAGGUAUAGAUCCAGUGUCUAGAGGCACUACAUUUCCCGCCGCCUCCCGCGACUCAGAAGCUUAUGCACGUAUGCC